AUGAAGAUGAGAGUUCUCCCCUGGCCUCUGCCUCGACAGCUCAGCUAUUCCGAUCAACAAAUCGUCAAUGAGCUGAGUCAGUGGCAGAUGGAGAACAACACGACCGUCGGGCUGAGGGACCUGUCAAAGGAGGAGAUCGAGAUGCAGGAGGCGAUUAUGUAUGGUGGGCAUUUUGAACGGUCAGGGGCCAAUGCGCAGAACGAUAGAGCAAGAUUGGAGCAAUUUUGGGUGGACUUGACGCUUGUGAGGACCAAAUUUGCAGAGGACUCGGAGGAGGUGAGGAUGAUCAGGAACAGAAUUGCCGUGCAGCUGGAGAAGAUGGGGCUGGAAUAUGACCAUCGUGUGUGGGACGCCCAGGUUGGAGCGUAG